AUGGAGAUGUUCAAUGAUUUUAUUUUUCGCACGGCCCUCAUCGAGCCUCCUACUUUUGGCGAGGUUCGGACAUGGUGCAAUGAGAGACAAGGAGGCACAAGGAUAUAUGAGCGCAUCGAUCGUUGCUUCACUAAUAACAUUACAUUAAUGUAAUGUCCCAUAUUAGUCACACUCUUACUCCGCUAUAGGUCAGAUCACACACCAAUUCUUAUUCUCCCUAACUCGAGAGCUAGUUCCCCUAGACCUCUUUUUAGGUUUCAAAAUAUGUGGACUCAGCACGAAAGCUUCUAA